AUGCUGUCAUCUCGUCCGGAUAUAUGUGCGGCAGUAAAUCUCCUCAGCCGCUUCCAGAAUGCACCAACCGAAGAACACUGGAAGGCCCUGAAACGAGUCGUGCGGUAUCUACAAGGGACGAAGGACUUCUCACUCGUCUACAGUCGCACCAAGAACGAUCCACUUAUCGGCUACGCGGAUGCAGAUUGGGGCAGCGAUGUAAACGAUAGGAGAUCCACAUCGGGUUUCUGUUUCAAGAUAUUCGACAACACUGUAACCUGGGUUACCCGAAAGCAGUCAACGGUAUCAUUAUCCUCAACCGAGGCGGAAUACGUGUCGCUGAGCCAAGCGGCAUGUGAAGCAAUUUGGCUUCGUAAUCUGGCUACGGAAUUCGGAGUGGACCCGGAUUCACCAGUAGUCAUCUUCGAGGACAACCAGUCCUGUAUCCAAGUAGCCAAGGAACCAAGGGAUCAAAAACGGCUCAAGCACAUCGAUAUUCGCUAUAACUUUGUACGAGAACGCAUUGAAGAACACGAAAUCGAAGUGCAGUAUAUUCCAACCGGAAAACAAGUUGCUGAUCUACUCACCAAAGGCCUACCGACGGAUGUUUUCAAGAAGCAUCGCCAGGCGCUAGGUUUGAGAGGGGGUGUUGAGAAGCAAACCUUAGGUUAA